ACUACGUCAUUCUGGGAUGGGCUGUGAGCACGCCAUCGAAAUACGCUGUCAGCGGUGGUUCAGGGCAGGAUAGGUACUCGCGUCCUCGGGAAACUAGCGAAAAUAUAUCAAAUUCAUAGCACAUAGUCUUACGCAUGUAACUCGCUCGGGUACGGUAAUGGCCAGGAAAUAGUUAAAUUCUGUUUUGAACGCAAAGCGUUUCCAACUGCGACUAACAACUUCCAAGCAAUGUGUUCGGCACGGAAAACUUUCCUUUCAAGAAGGCCUAGUAUUUUGUUGCAACAGGUCUACGGCAUAUGAGGAUUCAAAACUGAGCAGACGACAUUUUUUACAGCCUGAAGUUACAACAGUAAGAGACAAUUCAUUUCGUUUAUCGGACAGCCUACGGGACAGGAUCAUCACGUCGGGAUUAAUAAGGAAUCGGGUUGCAACACCUUCAGCUUUCCUAGAAACUACAGUCAAAGGGGAUUUCUCAGUUGGUUAAAUGCGGUACGAGGCUAAAAUGAUGCCGAUGUUCCUGACUGUGUACCUCAGUAACAAUGACCAGCAUUUUACAGAGGUGCCCGUUACCCCAGAGACGCUGUGCCGGGACGUGGUGGAGCUGUGUAAGGAGCCCGGAGAGACAGAGUGUCACCUGGCUGAGAUGUGGCGUGGAUCUGAGCGACCUGUAGGAGAUGGAGAGCGGAUGCUGGAUGUGCUUCAACGUUGGGGACAGCACAGAGCGGAAGUGCGCUUUUUCCUGCGCCACGACCGAGCGCCCAGCAGAGAAUCUGGUGGCUCACGAGACUCUAAGAGGAACGGGGUGAAAAGUCCCUCUGACAGAAGGAUGGAAAACGGGGUGUCGUCCCCGCGGAUGGACAUGACCCUGGCUGAGCUGCAGGAGAUGGCUGCGAGGCAGCAGCAGCAGAUAGACGCACAGCAACAACUCCUGGCCUCCAAGGAGCAGCGUCUGCGCUACCUGAAGCACCAGGAGCAGAAGCAGCAGCAGCAGGUGUCCGAGCAGGAGAAGCUGCAGCGCCUCCGGGAGAACGUGGAGAGCCAGGAGGCCAGGCUGAAGAAGGUCCGCGCGCUCAAGGGCCAGGUGGAGCAGAAACGCCUCAGCAACGGCAAGCUGGUGGAGGAGAUCGAACAGAUGGGCAGUCUGUUCCAACAGAAGCAGAGGGAGCUGGUGGUGGCCGUGUCUAAGGUGGAGGAGCUUAGCAGACAGCUGGAAAUGCUGAAGAAUGGCAAGAUGGACGCCUUCCACGACAAUCAGAGCUCGGUGGCAGAACUGGACCGCCUCUACAAGGAGCUACAGAUGCGUAACAAACUGAACCAUGAGCAGAAUGCCAAGCUGCAACAGCAGAGAGAGAGUCUGAACAAACGCAAUCUGGAGGUGGCCUCAAUGGACAAACGGGUCAGUGAGCUCAGAGACCGCCUCUGGAAGAAGAAGGCCGCACUGCAGCAGAAAGAAAACCUGCCCCCCCAGGUACCAUGGCCCUCAGAGCCGGCCGCAGUUAAAAAUGGCUGCCCUGGUAAGGAGAGGGCUUCAAAAGACACUCCCCCCCAGCUGCCCUCUGAUUGCCUGGCAGGUCAGCAACCGGGUCCGUCUCGUGUGGCAGCCGUUGGUCCCUACAUUCAGUCGUCGACCAUGCCCCGCGGGCCAGUGAGACACGAGCUGCUGGUCAAACCUCCCGCCUACCCCGACGGCACUGCCACCCUGCCCACACAUCCAGAGCCACAAAGUCAUGCCAACACAGGUAAACUGGCAGAGUGGGGUUCUUCCGAAAAAGAGUCCAGCACCAGUAGUCAUGGGUCAUCUUCCACCCUGCCCAGAAUGUCCCUCCACUCUAGCCCCAACACAGAACAAGAAGAGUCAGAGGCGAUGAAGAGAGACCGAAGGGUGCGCCCAUGCUCAAUGUUUGAGCCCACUGAGAUCCCCGCCACCUCCCUCCGGAAGAACCAGAGCAGUGACGACCUGGUCAGAGACAUCCAGUCUGCUUCCAAAGUCAAGGUGCCUCCACCAGUCGCCAGCAAACCCAAACCCCCGAGCGGCAUUCCCUAUGGCAAACCGGGCCUCAAAACCGGCACCUUCCCCAAGGUCAAGCCCCCCAGCCAGCACCCCCAGGGGGAACCCCAGGCCAGCGUUCCCCUGCCUCCCUCCCAGAGCCACACCUUGCCCCUGCCCUCCAAGCAGGACCCCCCUCCGGCUGCUACCGUCAGACCCUUCACCCCCGAGCUGCCAAAAGACCUGACCAAGCCCAAGACCCUGGCCGCCAGCUCCAUCUACUCCAUGUACACUCAACAGCCCAACCCGGGCAAACCUUUCCAGCCCGCCAUACAGGGCACCCUCAACCGGAGUCGAGGCAACGGCUUUGUCAGUGUUUAUGGUAAGCCUGUGAUUGCCGGUGGAGGUCCCCAGCACCCAGAGAACCCAUAUAGCGAUCAGCGGCACUCCCCAGACCAGCAGUCUGAGGUGGACCAUGUGGCCCCCCAGGGCCCCUCCACUGAGGCCCAGCACGGGGAGAUGGAGCGCACCCCGCGGCCACUCAGCCCCACCAAGCUGCUUCCAUUCAUCUCCAACCCCUACCGCCACCAGAGUGAUGGGGACCUGGAGGCCCUCAGGAAGAAGCUCUACAAUGCCCCUCGGCCCCUGAAGAAACGCAGCUCCAUCACGGAGCCCGAGGGCCCCGCGGGACCCAACAUCCAGAAACUACUCUACCAGAAGACCACGCUUGCUGCCAUGGAGACCAUCCUCAACACACCUACCACACCUGAGCCUGUGAAGGAGGAGGGAGGGGCGGGGCCUGGUCUUCCGGGAGCUCCAAUUGGUGGAGAGAGCAGCCGACCAGAGAGUGUAACAAUCGAAGGGGGUGCCGUCCCGCCUCCCAACCCCCUCCCACACCAAUCCCCCGCUGAGCCGAUGGGUACUCCAGCUAUCCCUGAGGGGGGUGACGAGGAGUUCACCCCGCCUCCCCAUCCGGACCACCCUGCCCCUCGACCAGACCUGCCCGUGUUACCCCCACCGUCCUCUGCUGCCGCUAGCACAGUGGAGCCGGACCCCAGCCUGCCCCCACCACCGGACAGCUUUAUGGAGGAGUUCCCUCCUUACCCCCCACCUCCCUAUCCCAGCGGGGCUGAGCAGGAGAACCAGGGGGAAGACACGUUCAGCAUGCAGGCCCCAGAGGUCACUGGCCAGGUCACACUUCCGCCGGGGAAGAGGACCAACCUGCGUAAGACUGGCUCGGAGAGGAUCGACCACGGUAUGAGGGUGAAGUUCAACCCCCUGGCCCUGCUCCUCGACUCCUCCCUGGAGGGAGAGUUUGAUCUGGUCCAGAGGAUCAUCUAUAAGGUGGAGGACCCCAGUCUACCAAACGACGAGGGGAUCACAGCCCUCCACAACGCCGUCUGUGCCGGACACACCGAGAUCGUCAAGUUCCUGGUGCAGUUCGGUGUCAACGUAAACGCUGCCGACAGCGAUGGGUGGACUCCUCUUCACUGCGCCGCCUCCUGUAACAACGUGCAGGUGUGCAAGUUCCUGGUGGAGUCCGGAGCAGCGGUUUUCGCCAUGACCUACAGCGACAUGCAGACGGCGGCCGAUAAGUGCGAGGAGAUGGAGGAAGGCUACACCCAGUGCUCCCAGUUCCUCUACGGUGUGCAGGAGAAGAUGGGCAUCAUGAACAGGGGCGUGGUCUACGGCCUGUGGGACUACUCCGGUGAGAAUUCCGACGAGCUGGAGUUCCACGAGGGAGACUGCAUGACUGUCAUCCGCCGCGAGGAUGAGGACGAGGUCGAGUGGUGGUGGGCCCGCAUGGGUGACACCGAAGGGUACAUCCCCCGGAACCUUCUGGGGCUUUACCCAAGGAUCAAGCCCAGACAGAGGACCUUGGCUUAGACCCCCGGUCAAGUCUAAUCCUUUAACUCUGUCAGGAGGCGUGGACACAUCUCAUUGGUCCUGAGACUUCCUGUCUUCUUUUCCUUCCUUUCUGAUCUGUAAAGUUAGGAUGGGUGGCAAUUGUAGGUGCGAAAGUUCCGGCGUAAAUGAAUCUCCCGUGGCAAUGUCUUUCACUUCAGUGAACAUAAAAGAAAGGACGCAAGGAAAGGAAACCAGGUGAGAUGACUGCGUUGUAGAUCCACAAAGGCUUUAACUGUACUGUAAAAGGAUGGGUCCACAAUCACAUGAAGAAACAUUGAGACCAAACUAUAUGAAGGAUUUGAAAUGAUCAGUGAACAUUACUACAGAUGGGCUUAUAACCACUUACUCUACUGCCCCUCUGAGGCACUUUGAUAUACCAGCGUAAGAGGUUUUCCACACUUAUUUUUCCAGACAACUCUGUGUAUAAGACACUAAAGGCAUUAUGUUUAUUUACAUUGUUUUGUUGUAUAGUUAUCCUAUCAGAUUUAAAUAUCUGAAAUUAUAGAUUGAUGGGAACUGUCUGGGGAUGAAUGGAAAAUGGAACAAACAGUAUUUCUGUGUAGAAGGAUGUUUUGUUUUUUUAUAGUUUUUUUUUCUGGAUUAUUCUGUCGUUGCAGCCUGUCCGAAAGAGCUGGAUUUGACCAGUGCAUUAUUUGUGUGAAUGAAUGAAUGAAUGUAAUGGUUGGUGAUGCAUGAUAAAUAUGAUUAAUUCUGUCAAUUUUAUGUAGUCUGUUACCAGGACAAUCCAUGUCGGAACUUGGCCUGCUUAUGUCAUUUCCUGGUUUUAGUGUGACAUUGACAUUGUCCCCUCUGUUGAGCAGUAACCAGUCUUGAGCUUGGGGAUGAAUUUAAUGUUAGGUUGGUGAUGCCACUGUCAAAAUGACCUAUUGCUAUUGACUUUUGUUGUUCGACGAGGCCAUUUGCCUGCUU